AUGUCGACCCCUUCAACUGCCACGGCCACUCACCCAUCCCGUCACCCACACUAUGGUUAUUCGCAUCACACUUACCAGCAAAAUACCUCUUAUCCAUCUGCAUCUGCUGCUGUUGCUGCCGUCGCUACGGGCUCCUCUCGACUAGCCAAUUCUUAUGGAUACUCUGCUACAACUCCUGCUACGACCGCCGCACCUCCCCUCCCACUUCCCAGUCCGUCCAAACUAAACAACCAACAUCAGGUCACAAUGCCAUCCUACCAGCAGCAGCAGCACAACCACCAACAGCAUCACCAGCAACCCUCUUCCCCCGUUACAUUACCUACUUCUCGGAGCCGGAGGAAAAAGCCAAACUGGGCCGAAUUCUACAAGAAUGGCGUUCCCAAAGAAAUCAUUGUCAUCGACGAUGACGAUGACAGCAUUACCGCCACCAAUGCCACCUUCAAUAACAACAACAGUAGCAACAGCAACAAUAAUAAUAAUAAUAACCAUCUCAAUUCCACGCUUCACAAAAUGCCCGUCUCCCAUGCCCCUGCAAGCAAAAGGAGACGGACCGGUCUGGAAACUGCAGUCGAUAUGACCUACCACGAUCGGCCCACGUUCUCCAUCCACCCGCAGCAAUAUGGCGAGGAGUCGUCUGGCACCUCCAUCUCCACGGAUCGAACUACCUCGCUACAAACCACUGCCCCUACUUCUAUGGGUUCCCAUGGCAGUGCCCCGCUAAAUAAUAUGUACUACGAAGACUCCACCACCAUUGGCCAGAAACGAAAACGGGUUGUGACCCGCAAAUCUGCUCGUGAUGAACAGAAACGAAGGGAGUUGGAGGUUGCUGGUGAUGCAUACAAUAGUUACAUUCCCCCUCCAAAACCCCCUAUCAAGGCAAAAGACGUCACCGUGCCGGUGAUCAGAGAUUACAAUCUUCCUAAAAAUCAGAAAAUUGACGAUGAUGACGGACACUACAUAGUGACUCCCGAUACCGACCUCACCGAUAGAUAUUCUAUCGUCAAACUACUUGGCCAAGGAACCUUUGGCAAAGUCGUCGAGGCCUACGACAAGCACAAGAAAACCCGCUGUGCCGUAAAAAUAAUCCGUUCCGUGCAGAAAUACAGAGAUGCCUCCCGUAUCGAGCUGCGGGUGCUCUCCACCCUAGCCUCCAACGAUAAAACAAAUCGUAACAAGUGCAUACAUCUUCGGGACUGCUUCGACUUCCGAAAUCACAUCUGCAUCGUGACCGAUCUGCUGGGCCAGAGCGUGUUCGAUUUCCUUAAGGGUAACGGAUUUGUGCCCUUCCCAAGUAGCCAGAUCCAGAGCUUUGCUCGACAGCUGCUAACUAGCGUUGCAUUCCUCCAUGAUCUGAACCUCAUCCAUACAGAUCUGAAACCUGAAAAUAUUCUCCUUGUCAACAAUGCCUAUCAAACCUUCACAUACAACCGCUCCAUCCCUUCAUCAUCACAUACCUCGUCCCGAAACGCCCGCCAACGACGCGUGCUUCUGAACAGUGAGAUUCGACUAAUCGACUUCGGAUCCGCCACUUUCAAUGACGAGUAUCACUCCUCAGUCGUCUCAACGCGCCACUACCGCGCUCCCGAAAUCAUUCUGAAUCUGGGCUGGAGUUUCCCAUGCGAUAUCUGGAGCAUUGGCUGCAUUCUCGUUGAAUUUUUCACCGGUGAUGCCCUUUUUCAAACACACGACAAUCUCGAACAUCUCGCAAUGAUGGAAAGUGUCUGUGGCGGGAAGAUCGACGCGAAGAUUGUCAAACAGGUUAUGCAAUGUCGUGGUGGCAGUGCCAACCAAGCAGCCAAAUAUUUCAACCGAAGUAAACUAGACUAUCCAAAUACUGAAACAUCCAAGGCCUCAAAGAAAUACGUCCGGGCCAUGAAACCGCUUCAUGACUUCAUUCCCACCACCACAACGUUCAACAAGCAAUUCCUCGACCUCCUCCGGCGCAUCUUCGUCUACGAUCCCAAGGCGCGUAUCACAGCCAAACAAGCCCUCAAACAUCCCUGGUUCAAAGAAUCAAUUAUAGACGACGGCACUGAGGCGCUGCGAAUUGGCCAGCAACUCCGCGAAGACGCUGCUGCCAAAGCUGCAUCCGCUUCUGCAUCUUAA